CCUGGCGCCUACCUUAUUUUGGAAGUACCGCCCACUUGAUCUGCUGUGUGCAUGUGGGUUUCUGUUCUAAAAAUUGUCAGCUUCAUGCGAACAGUUACCCAAGAUAUCGCGAUACGCAUAGAUAAUCGAGGAAGGUGUCAUCUGGAGAAACUCUUAACUGGACAUGGUUAACCUGUGCCGGUUACGAUGGACUCGAAGCCGAUUGCUACUUACGAGGGCAAUUCGAAACUGUUCCAGUCAUUGGAGCCACUUCUAGUCGAAGGAUUACCAAAAGAGCCUGUAGAAUGGAAAAGAUCGUACGGCCGUGGACCCAAGGUCGUUCACGUCGAGGCCACCUUUGUAAAGUUCGACGAAAACAACUUGCCGAAAGACGAAUGCGAACUGCACUUGUUGGACCAGCCGUAUCUACACACCUAUUGGACAGACUGCACCGAUGCGGAACUAUAUCGUACACAAGUGAAAGAUGACAUAAUUGCUUGGAUGGCAAAGCUAAAAGCAGCCCAUGUUUAUGAUUGGAUGUUAGUGGCUGUGGAGCAUGCAGAUAAUCGCCGUGGCAAUAAGACCAAGCUUCUUCCCCGGACUACUGUUUUUGAUCGCAUGAAAGCUGAUUUUCCCAGUAAAACUAUAGAGAGGUGCGUCAGCCUGCUAGACCCUCUACGAAGUGAUACCCGAGCGGUAGAGUCAUGGCAGACACUGUUGGUGCGCCUGAGGCAGGCUUUGCUCCACGCCUGCAGUCGUCACAUGACACGGCACGAAGACAGGGUGCGCGCACAACGAGAGCGCCGCACCCAACCCCAGUGGAGCUUCAUUGAUUUUUUUUCCCUCCAGGAAGAGCUAGCCUUCAUGUUGGAGAUGCUGGGUCUUUACGACGAAGCACUGGUGCAAUAUGACGAACUGGAUGCGCUCUUCACACAGUUUGUAAUCAACUCUGCUAGUGGAGAUAUGCCCGAAUGGCUGUACGAGUUUGCGAGCGUUGGUUGCAGUGAGUGGCCUGGGCUAUGUCUCAAGAGAGGAAUAAAGAAUGGAACAGCUGUAAGAAGACUGGCCCAGGGGGCCUCUCUGCUGGAGCUGCGCAAUUACCUCUUCUCACGCCAAUGUUCCCUGCUGCUGCUACUGUGCCGUCCAUGGGAAAUGGCUCAUCGCACUGUUUCAUUUCUACACAACACUGUACAGGAACUGAAGAUUCUGGAAGUGUCCAUGGUGCCUGGCUCUGUUGCCUGUUGGGUGUUUCUGAGCUGUCUGGAGGUGCUUUCAACAUGUGAGAGAUUCAACGACUCGACCCAGGUGGAAGCAUACUCGCUGUACACUGCUGGACUCUGGUCUUAUGCUAGGGAGAAGUUAAAGGAGCUGGGAGAACUGUGCUACCUGAUGCCCAAUCAGACAGCAGGAUCUGAACAACUGCACAUGGUUGUAAAUCUAUUGUCUGGAAUGGGCGAAGAUCCAUACUCAGAUCCCAAGACCCUGACUCCCCAUGCUAGGCUGAGGGAAGCAUUGUCUUCUAAAGAAUCCUUCCUGAAACACUAUCUGGAUCUUUCCGAACACACCAUGAUCACCUUCAAGCAUAUCGGUCGCAUGCGCUCUGCUAGGCUGGUAGGGAAGGAUUUAGCUGAUCUGUACAUCCAAAUGGGUGAACAUCGAAAAGCUGUGCCCUUCCUCUUGGACCUGUUGCGUACCUACACGGACGAAAGCUGGACGUACUUGGCCCUGUUGAUGCAGAAAGAAGUGGCAUGCUGCUAUCUCGCAACGCAAGACUGGCCCCGGUUUGUGCGGACAAGCAUCCAACUCUCAGCUCAAGCAGCUCUGGCGCAUGAUCAGCGAAUUCAGCACUUUGAACAGGCUCGAGAUAAGAUGUCAGCCCUGCAGGAUGCAGGUGGCACACCAAUUACUAUGGAUGCCAAUGACAUCCUGGUGAUAACCGACGCCUGGUUGGUGCCACCAAAAGAAGGGUCCCAGUGUUGGAUAGCCGGGGGUGAAGUAGAGGCCGUCCUAAUGGUUACUAGCCACAUCCCUGUUCCUGUACAGUGUAAGAAAGUAGUCAUCUCAGUCUCACGGGACGAUAUGGGGUCAAAAACGACGGCAUCUCAGUGUCCGCCGGAAAGCCCAGUAGCAGUCUGGGGUGUGCCAAAGGGCGGUCAGCGAGUACCUCUGGCCCCCCAAAUGUCUGUGAUGGAAGAUGUGCAGAAGCAUGACGGCAGCACUGCCAUUGCUCUUGUCUGCAAGAAUGUGAGCGCCGUAUUGGCGAGGCCAGACGGCAUACACUUCUCUCGCUUUCCUGGGGAGCCAGCGGGUGCCCCUCUCGCCGAAGUGUCGCCGCUCGACUUCAUUUCCGCGGACGUCGAAGUUGUCCCAGGAGUGAACAAAAUUUCUGUUAAGCAGAGGGUUCAGCAAUCUGGAAGCUACGCCUUACUACAAGCAUAUUUGCAAUGGGAGGAUGUACAAUUUAUCCAAUGCUGUUUGCCACCGCAGCUGAGUUUCACCGUUAUUAUGGAAAGCCCAAGCCUUCAGCUACAUUGGCCACAGGCUGAACUGCUCGCUGGUGUGAAGCAAAAAGUGGGGCUUGCUGUAAAGAGUGGAAGUUGUACUAUUGCUGAAGGCAAAAAAGUGAUCAUAAAGGCAUCAAGAGGCUUACUUAUCAAGAGUACCGACAAGUUUGCAGAAGAUGCCGUUAUCAUUUUGCCUACUCUUGAAGCCUUCAAGUCUACCAUAUUUGACCUGGUGGUAAUGGCUCCGUUAGGACAGCAGCGAGAUUCUCGAGCGCUAGAGUACAAUGUUACUGUGACUCUGUCAAAUGACAGCAGUACUAUUGUGCAAAGUGUACAACUGCACUUCCUGCCACCAUUCACGAGCAGUCACAGGGUACACACCUGCAGCACCAGAAAGUAUAUUCAGGUAGUACUCCAAGGCUUGACUUCUCAACUGUUCACGGUUGGUAAUGCCAGCCUCGUGGCGCACGAAAACAAUGUUUUCCUGAAGCCUCUCAAUUCAACGUCACAGCUCCUGAGGGUUAACACGGAACAGGCAGCCUAUUUCCUGUGGGAAAUGCUUGAUGCAAAUGGAGAGCCAAUUCGGCUUACCUUUUCGGUGCUCUAUUCUUACGGCUCGGGAGAAGACCUGGUAGAGAAAACCUACAAUUAUGACUUUAGGAUCGAAAACUACAAGACGUUAUAUGCAGUGAAGGUACGAGUGGAGCCAUCCAAAGGUUCAGAAUUCUGCCGCGCUGAAUGUGCGUGCAAUAUGCACAUUAGCAUCGCCCAGCUGAACCCGAGUGACAAGAAUGCACUCAUGUACGAAGUGGUACCAGACCCUGCCAUCUGGGCUGUGUGUGGCCGAACUGCUGGAGUGGUAAACGUCUCCCAAGAACAAGAGCACACAGUCACCCUUGAGGUGAAGCCACUCAUCAGGGGAUUUUUACCGCUACCUACUGUUAGGCUGUCCAAGUACAUUCCGUCGCAAAGCCCUGGAUCUAGAAGUUCUUCCGAUGGAUCGGGCGCUACCUCGGCCAAGCUGGAACCUUUCCUACAAGGUCAGGUGUAUAACUGGAGCCGUGCAAUGCAAGUUCAUGUGCUUGCUCCAGUUACUGCCUCAGCAGGUGCACCAGUCACACUCGAAGCAUCCUGAUGUUGCAGUUUGGUUGCAAAUGUGCAAGUUGAAGCCAGAAAUGAACUUCCGACACAUGUGCAGUUGUUGCUUAUGUCAGUGUAAUGUAAAGAUUGUACAUAAAAAAAAAAUAGAUUUAACGAUUGA